AUGAAGGCUUCCCUCUUUUUAUUGAUUAGCUUAGCUAUGCUAGUAGAUUCUGCCCCAAUCGUGACAAAACACACUGUUACCCAAACCAUCAAUGCUUUAGUUUAUGUAGACGGCACUAAAACUAUAACUACAUUUGCCACUGCCAGCAAUGUGAAUGCAACGUCGACAUCUAAAGUUCCUUUAUUAAAUGCAACUGUCUCUGAGGCUGCCUUCCAAGCCUUACGUUCUGCACUACAACAGCAAAGUGAAGUUGCAACUUCAACAUCAGAUUCAACUACAGCCACAAUGCCUGCUGAGAAAUCUGCCACCUCUGAAGUAGUAACACCAGCUACUACAACAACCGCUGCGGUAUCAGAUGCACAACAGACAGAUUUAUCCGAUUUUCAAAGCUCUCUUUUAGAAGAGCACAAUAAGAAGCGAGCAUUGCACGAAAAUACUGGUCCAUUGACAUGGUCAGAGGAACUAGCCCAAUACGCACAAGCUUAUGCUGACAAUCAUUACAAUUGUGAUGGUCAAUUGAUUCAUUCUGGUGGGCCAUAUGGUGAAAAUUUAGCUGCCGGGUACACUCUUCUGGGUUCCGUCGACGCUUGGUAUAAUGAGAUUUCCGAAUAUGAUUAUUCCAAUCCUGGUUUCUCAGAAUCUACAGGUCAUUUCACUCAGCUAGUUUGGAAAGAUACGUCUCAGGUUGGAUGUGCCAUUAAAUCUUGUAACAAUGCCUGGGGGACGUAUCUCAUCUGUUCUUACAAUUCAGCUGGAAACUUUGAUGGUGAGUAUGAAGCUAAUGUUUUACCAUUAAUCAAUUGA